AUGUCUGAUCAUCCCAAACCCAAACGAUUCAAGAAUAUGUUUGCUUUCUAUAAAAAAGAUGUUGAUAAUCAAACUUCAACAUCAGUUGCAUCAGAGACUCCAAUGUCUUGUUCUGAUUGUCAUUCUUCCUUACCAAUUAAUGAAGUUGAAACUCCAUCAGAACAUGAUACUAAUGUGCCUCCAACUGUAACUAAUGUUCCAAUAGAAUCCCCUAUCCAAGCUGAUCCUGGAUUACGUGAAAUGAUUUAUUCAUUACCAGUGAAUCAUCAAGAUCAUAUCCGAAGGCAGUAUAUCCUUAUGGGACCUUGUCAACCCAAGUUACAAAAUUAUCCACAAACCUUUGAUGGACGUAAUAAUCGUCGUUUUCAAUGUAGAUGGUUCACACUAUUUCCUUGGAUGGAGUAUUCAGAAGCCAAAGACAAAGUGUUAUGUUUUCCUUGCUUCCUUUUUAAGAAAAAUCCACCAAGACAUCCUUUAUUCACUGUUGAAGGGUGUUGCAAUUGGGGUAAAAUGUUGGCUAGGAAUAAAGAAAUUUGUGUACAACAUGUGGGGCAGGUAAAUUCUGCUCAUCAAUAUAAUGUUCAAAAUUGGAGCAACUUAAGGAGAACUUCUCAACACAUUGAUAGAGUGAUUGAAAAACUACCACCAGAAAUUAUAAGGCAGAAUAGGUUACGUUUAAAGACAACAAUAGCAGCUGUGAAGUAUCUUAGAAAGGAAGGCUUGCCUUUUAGAGGCCACGAUGAAUCUGCUGACUUUACUAGUAGAGGACAUUUCAUUGAGUUAAUAAAGUGUUAUGCAGUUUUGAAUGAAGACAUUGCAAAAGUUGUUCUUGAUAAUGCUCCCAAACAUGCCAUGUACAUUGCACCAUCAAUUCAGAAAGAGAUCCUAGAUAUAAUUGCUACCAAAAUUCGAAGUAGAAUUCGUGCAGAAAUUGGAGAUGUCAAGUUUUGUAUCUUAGUUGAUGAAUCACUUGAUGUAUCUCAUAAGGAGCAAAUGGCCAUUAUUAUAAGGUUUGUUAAUGAAGAUGGGUUUCUUCAAGAAAGGUUUCUUGAAAUUGUAACAGUUGAAGACACUACUUUAGCUAAUCUUAAAAAGCAUAUAUGUAUUGUGCUUUCAAGAAACAAUCUCCAAGUGCAAAAUAUUUGUGGUCAAGGUUACGAUGGGGCUAGCAAUAUGCGUGGUCAAUUUCAUAGAUUGAAAACAUUAUUCCUUGAAGAUUGCCCAUAUGCCUAUUAUGUUCAUUGUUUUGCUCAUCGAUUACAGUUAGCUUUGAAUGCAUGUGCUAGAGAUGUACAUGAUAUGCAAUUGUUUUUUCAGAUGCUAAGUUCUAUUGUUGGGUUUGUUGGCUCUUCAUCAAAGCGUACAAAUCAGUUAAAAGAUAUUCAAGAAGCAGAAAUUGCAGAAAGUUUAGCAGAUGGAAAUCUUGAAACAGGAAGAGGGCUUAACCAAAUCCGUAGUUUGAAGAGAGCAGGUAUGACUAGAUGGGGAUCUCACUUUGCUUCCAUUAGUACAUUAGUCCAUGUAUUUGAAGAAAUUACUCAACUUCUUCAAAGCAUGAUGAAUGAUAAAGAUCUCCUAGGAAGUGUAAGAGGUGAUGCAAAAGGUUACCUUAAGGCAUUGAGGGCAUUUGACUUUAUGAUGGAGUUGAAUGACAGGUUCACCGAAGAAACUAUAGAGCUACUUAUUUGGAGCUCUGCGUUGGAUCCUAAAAACCAGUUCAAAAAGUUCGACAUGGAAAAGAUUUGCAAGCUUGCUGAGAAAUUUUAUCCUGAAGACUUUGAUACAUCUGAGGUAAUAGCUUUCAGAUUACAGUUAGAACAUUACAAGUAUCAAGUAGUUUUUGAUAAAGAUUUUCAUAAACUAUCUUCCCUUGCACAAUUGUGUAGACGAUUAGUUGAAACAGACUUAGCACAACUUUUUCCCUUGGUUGAUAGAUUGAUUCGUUUAGUCUUGACACUUCCUUUUUCCACUGCAACUACUGAACGUGCAUUUUCAGCGAUGAAAAUUAUAAAGACUAGGCUUAGAAACAAGAUGGAAGAUGGAUAUCUUUCAGGUUGUAUGAUGCUCCAUAUUGAAAAACAAUAUGUUGACACUAUUGACUCAGAUGAAGUCAUUGAUCAUUUUGAGUCUAUUGGAGAUCGUAGAGCGCAAUUUCGGUAG